UUUGCUUAGUGCUUAGUGCGUGCUUGUGCCGGCAACUUGAGCUUAAAAGUUAAUAUGAAGAAAGGUGUGUUUGUGUGCGUGUGUGUGUUGAUUAGCUUCGUGGGAGCGUAUAAACCAAAUCGAGUGCGCCACACACCAACCCACUUAUCUUACUCAACCAAGAAGAUCGAAGUAACAAUACCAACUAUGGUCCAUCUAGACAUAAAACUUACCAAGAAACUAGCCAAAGAAUACAGCUUUAAAACAAGGAAAAAACUAAAGAACAUUGUCAGAGGUAUCAUAAAAGAUGCCAGUUCUUUAUUCAAACACAAAUAUUUAAAUGCAACGGUCAAUUUCAAAUUAUUGGACGUUAAAUUCUUUAGAAAUAACAGAGCGGUUACUAUGGAUGAAAAUGCUACGAAUUAUUUAAGGAAUUAUUGUGACUGGCAAACUGAGAAGAAGAAAUUGAAGAAAAAGCUGUAUUAUUCUGUGUUAUUGACUGGCCUGGAUUUAUUUUAUAUUAAGAACGGGAAGCCUGUACGAGGAUCUACAGCACGCAGUUAUUCUAAUGGUGUUUGCAGCUUGCGAAAGAGCUGCGCGCUUCUGGAAUGGCAGCCGAAGAACAUGGGAUAUUUGCUCGCACAUGAAAUAGGACAUAGUCUCGGAGUACCUCAUGACGGUCAUCCCUUUAACAGUUGUAAUAAGUUUAAAGGCAUCAUGGAGUCACAGUAUGACCCGGCUAGCAUUUCGAAUACCUGGUCUCCUUGCAGUCGAGUUUCUUUGGAAUUCUUUAUACGGAGCAAAAAGGCUUGGUGCAUCAAAGAGAGCAACCAGCAGUUGAAGUAUAAAUAUGUUUAGUUUAUAAGUAGUAACUUAUUUUGUGUGAUAGUAGGUUAAUAAAAUAUUAUGAGAUAAGAAUAACACAAUUCUGUUUUAUUUAAGUUAAUAUACAGAGACAAUUACUG